GAUUGUACAUUACCAGGAGAUGGAGCUGAAAACUUCAAGCUUGAAGCUUCUGUUCAUUUUUUUCAUGUGAUAGACUAGUUUACUCUCUGUCUUGACUUUCUCUUCUAAACUACUUCUGUGAUAUCAACAUGCCGAGUAAUUUUAAUGUUGUGCUCGGUACCCAAUGGGGUGAUGAAGGAAAAGGAAAACUCGUCGACUUACUGGCUGACAAGGCUGAUAUCGUGUGUCGGUGUCAGGGCGGUAAUAAUGCUGGACACACUGUGGUAGUUGGUGACUCAGAGUAUGAUUUUCAUUUAUUACCAAGUGGUAUAAUUAACAAGAAUUGUACCGCUGUGGUUGGCAAUGGAGUUGUUAUAUCUUUGCCUCAGUUAUUUGACGAGAUUACUCGUAAUGAGGCCAAAGGAUUGAAAGAUCUAAAGAAGCAAUUGAUAAUCUCUGACCGGGCCCACAUGGUGUUCGAUUUCCAUCAAUCAGUUGAUGGAUUACAAGAACUGGAGAAGGGUAAAAAAAGCCUAGGAACUACAAGAAAAGGAAUUGGACCAACCUAUUCAACGAAAGUCAGUCGAACUGGUAUUCGAAUGGCUGAUUUAUUGGGUGACUUUAGCAAUUUUGAGGAAAAAUUUAAAGUUCUCGCUGUUACGUAUCAAAAGCAAUUCUCAGAUUUAAAUAUUGACGUUGAUGAAGAGUUAAAGAGAUAUCGUCGUUAUGCUGAAGAAAUUCGCGGCUCUGUUGCUGACACUGUUACAUUUCUUCAUCAAAGUAUUAAAACGGGUAAAUCAAUUCUAGUUGAAGGCGCCAAUGCAACUAUGUUGGAUAUUGACUUUGGCACAUACCCUUAUGUUACCUCAUCUAAUUGCACCGUUGGUGGUGUUUGUACGGGUCUUGGAGUUUCUCCAAAAAUAAUUAAUGACAUAUACGGUGUUGUCAAGGCUUACUGUACUCGAGUUGGAGAUGGACCUUUUCCAACGGAGCAAAAGAAUGAAAUUGGAACUUUGCUUCAAGAACGUGGUAAGGAGAUCGGAGUCACAACCAAAAGGAAAAGAAGAUGCGGCUGGCUCGAUAUAGUUCUUCUGAAAUAUUCCAAUAUGAUUAAUGGUUAUACACAUCUAGCCGUUACAAAAUUAGACAUUUUGGAUGAUUUCGAUGAAAUUAAAAUUGGAGUAGAAUAUGAAAUCGAAGGGAAAACUUUAACAAGUCCUCCAGCCAAUGCUAAUGACUUAGAACGGGUGACUGUUAAGUACAAGACUUUACCAGGAUGGAAACAAAACAUUAGCAGCUGUAGAAACUUUUCUGAUUUACCUUUAGAAGCUCAAAGGUAUAUUCUUGUUAUUGAGGAGCUCUGUGGCGUGCCUGUGAAAUGGAUUGGUGUGGGGCCUGAUCGUUCUUCAAUCAUCGAAAGAUCAUAAUUGUCGGCAGACUAUUCAAUCAUAUUUUUUCAUACUUUAACGUCGACAUCAAUAGCAAGAAAAGUUCAUCAUCAUGAUGUCUCGCAAUUUUGAUUUUUUUGUCUUUCUCUCUCCCUCUUUUGAACCAUAAUUUUGGAAUAUCCUCCGGCCACACUCAAUGCAUCAAUAACGAAAAGCAAAAAUCAAAUUGAAUUAGUAAAAUAAUUCCACUUGGUUUCAAUAUUGCUGCCAAUCAUCUAAAAGCAAACAUUUUGACGACCAAACACUAUCACACAGACGAUUACAAUCAACGAGCAUUGUUAACCACAACAGUCACAUUAAAACUUUGUAUUUAACUUACAAUUAAACCAGUUCAGUGUUUCAUCUCAUCUUUUUUAUCAUCUGGACCAUUAAUUUCUAACACUAUCUCUGUGCAAUCAAAGAUGGGGAAAAUGGUUAAAAUUUGAGUUGUUUCGCUUGUUUAUUUUCGAUUGAUAAAUAAAGAGUGGCCAACUAUCUCGAGUAAUACUUAAA